GCAGCGCUGGCAGGAUCAGGGGCUGUGCAAGAGCCAGAGCUGGCCGCAGCAGCAUGCGUGCGGCAUCUGAGGCUCAGGGCGCGAGAACCACGUAAGGUGCCCGCCAGAGCCUCCCCCCUCACCCGCCUCUACCUCCCCUGGCAGAAACUUCACGGCUCCCUCACGCACGGUCCGGGCUUCUCCGGGGGGGCUUGGCACGGACAGCCGCAUGCAUGACACUCCGAAAAGGAGAGAAAAUGACCAUAAGUAUCCAGGAGCACAUGGCUAUUGACGUCUGCCCCGGCCCCAUCAAACCCAUCAAGCAGAUCUCCGACUACUUCCCCCGCUUCCCCCGUGGGCUCCCCGCCGCCGUCGGCCGCAGCGGCACCCUGCGCUCCGCCGUCAGCCAGCCCUCCGUCAGCCCCGCCGAGGCCCCCCGCGAGGACGACGAGGACGUGGACCAGCUUUUCGGGGCGUAUGGCACGACACCCGCCGAGCAGCCGCCCAAGUACCAAGCACCCGAGGAGGUGGUGGACCCCGAGGGCUAUGAGUCCGACGACUGCACCACCCUGGGGACGCUGGAUUUCAGCUUGCUCUAUGAUCAAGAAAACAACGCACUCCACUGCACGAUCAAUAAAGCCAAGCUGCCAAAACUUGACUUCAAAAAGGGCCUGAAGCCGAUGGACCAUAACGGUUUGGCUGAUCCCUACGUCAAAUUGCACUUGCUUCCCGGAGCCAGUAAGGCGAACAAGCUGAGAACCAAAACGCUGCGCAACACGCUGAACCCCACCUGGAACGAGACGCUCACCUACUACGGCAUCACCGACGAGGACAUGAUCCGCAAGACCCUGCGGAUCUCGGUCUGCGAUGAGGACAAGUUCCGCCACAACGAGUUCAUCGGGGAGACGCGGAUCCCGCUGAAGAAACUCAAACCCAACCAGACCAAAAACUUCAACAUCUGCCUGGAAAAGCAGCUGCCGAUAGAUAAAACAGAGGACAAGUCGCUGGAGGAGCGCGGCCGGAUCCUCAUCUCCCUCAAGUACAGCUCUCAGAAGCAGGGGCUGCUGGUGGGCAUCAUCCGCUGCGCCCACCUGGCCGCCAUGGACGCCAACGGCUACUCCGACCCUUACGUCAAAACUUACUUGAAACCAGAUGAGGACAAGAAAUCAAAGCAUAAGACAGCAGUGAAGAAGAAGACGCUGAACCCCGAGUUCAAUGAGGAGUUUUGCUAUGAGAUAAAGCACGGUGACCUGGCAAAAAAGACCUUGGAAGUCACAGUGUGGGACUACGAUAUUGGAAAAUCAAACGAUUUCAUAGGUGGAGUCGUGUUAGGAAUUAACGCCAAAGGCGAGCGGCUGAAGCACUGGUUCGACUGCCUGAAAAACAAGGACAAGAAAAUCGAGCGCUGGCACACGCUAACGAACGAGCUGCCAGGGGCCGUCCUCAGCGACUGAGCGCCACGGGGCCGCUCCCGGGCGGGCACAGCUCUGCCGGCCACAGCCUUUGGACUUCUCUCGUUCAUGGCUUUGGAGACGGGGGAUCGUGGUACCGGGGCAGCCGGGAGAGCGGGACACCCCACGCCAGGGCCUGGCUGCAGGGAGACCCUUCCCAGGGAACAAGGCAGCGGCGGUUUGUUCUCAGCAGGUCCCAUCCCCUGAGGUUUUUCUCAAACGCCUCUUUGCACCCCGACACGCUCACACCCACACGGGCAUGCACAUGCAUGCGCGCACACACACACGUGUGCACACACACAGACACCACAUGCCUGCAUGCACUGCAGUUCUGACUCCUCUCCUAACUCUUUGCUAUACUGAAUUACCUUCUCGCUGCCUUGCAAUUCAGUGGCAAAAAAAAAAAAAAAAAAAAAAAAAAAAAAAACGUUUGUGUAUCUCAUAUGAACAAAAGGCAUCACUAAAACCUGGGACUGUUGUCUCGAGGCAAUUAUGCCAUAUUUCUGGUGGUUUGUCAGUCUCUGUGGUUUGGGCCCAAACAGUCUUUUAUGCAUUUAAAGCUCCUCCGUUGGAAUGAUUGUGUCCCCUGAUAACCUAGGAAGAUCGUUUGCUUUUCUUCCAGAAAUGUUGUGCUCGUCCUCUCCACUAACCGAUGGGAAGUUGAAGGUGCUGUGCAGACCACAGCUCCCCUCCCGCGGGCCCCAGCGCCGGGUGGUUUCACCUUUGCAGAAGCGAGGGGCAAAAUCAAAAGCUCAGCGAAGCCGCCGGCCGUUCCUGCUUCCCAGGACCAGCAGCACUGUCUCGUGCUGCCCUCACAGCAGCUGCUCUCCAGGCUUCAGCACGACUGUUUUUCUACCAAAGCUGGCUUUCAGACUAAAUUUUUCUAUCACAUUUCCCUUAUUCAUCCUUUUUCCAAGUCAUGCCAUUACCUAAAACCCAAGCUGGGGGAAGGCGGUGAGCUGAGCUGCCGCCCGUGUUUGCGGCGAUGCUCAGCUCUGACCCAGCCGUCAGCAUGGGUCUGUUUUCUGCCUCAAAACAGCGUCCAAACCAAACUUCUGUGUACAGCACAGUAAUAAUGUAAUAAUAUUAUUACAAUAAUCCCAGCUCCUGUCCUCCUUGACCCUCUCCGACUGGUCUCUGCAGCCUCGUCCCACCAGGCCCCGGCUCUUGUUCAAACACAACUUCAGCACAUUUGCACAAGAGCCGGCACCCGGUGGGACGAGCUAAAACUUUCUCCAAAACGCUGCACUUUGCCAGAAAUUUUUGAAGCCUUUAAACCAUGAUUUCUGAGGAAGAGCUGCUGUUUCCCCACAGGUCUCAAUUACCUACAGCUUCCGAGCCCUGCAGCUGGGUGCAUGUAUUGCCUUUUUUUUUUUUUUUUUGA